CGCAGAGCUCUCACGCUGACUCGUCGUCCCAGCUUCCUCGCCGUCGCGCCGUCGCCGUACCAGCUUCUCUGCCUCUCUCGUCGUCCUUCCCAGCCUCCUAGGCUCGCCUUCGCCGUCCCUCUACGACUCUGUCUCUCUCGUCUUCGGCGUUGCCUUCCCAGUGGACGAGAUUUACAACAUUAAGGAAAUCUCAAACCACUCUGAUUUUCUCAAUCAUGGGGAAGAACGAGUUCUUGACCCCAAAAGCAAUCGCUAACAGAAUCAAAGCUAAGGGUCUGCAGAAGCUGCGAUGGUACUGCCAGAUGUGCCAGAAGCAAUGCAGGGACGAGAAUGGAUUCAAGUGCCAUUGUAUGAGCGAGUCCCACCAGCGCCAAAUGGAGGUGUUCGGCCAGAACCCUGAACGGAUCGUCAGUGGCUACUCGGAGGAGUUUGAGGAUUCAUUCCUCGAACACAUGAAGCGCAGCCACCGCUUCAGCCGUGUGGCUGCCACGGUUGUGUACAACGAGUACAUUGCUGAUCGACAUCACGUGCAUAUGAAUUCUACGCAGUGGGCGACUCUGACGGACUUUGUGAAGCAUUUGGGGAGGGCUGGCAAGUGUAAAGUUGAGGAGACCCCCAAGGGGUGGUUUAUUACGUAUAUAGAUAGAGAUUCGGAGACCCUUUUCAAGGAGAAGAUGAAGAACAAGAGAAUAAGGGCUGACAUCGCGGAGGAAGAGAAGCAAGAGAGGGAGAUUAAGAAGCAGAGAGAGCGGGCAGAACAGUUGAUGGGUGCAGCAGACGAGAACGGUUCUCAGCAGAAAUUGGAACCAGAGCACAAGCCUUUGCAAAAAUCAGAGAGUGACCAGAAAAUCAAGCUGUCUUUGGCCUCGUCAAAACCCAAUGUUAAAGAGAGAUCUGAAAGUUCAAAGUCUGUAUUUGAUGUGAUCGAUAACCGUGAAGAAGGUAGGAAAGAUACUGGAAAGAUUGGUAAGGGUGGUAGUGGGGUAAGCGGGGGUGGCAGCUCAACUUUGGAUGAGCUGAUGAGAGAGCAAGAACGGGCAAAGGAAAGGCAAAAUAGAAAGGAUUAUUGGUUAUGCGAGGGAAUAAUAGUGAAGGUAAUGAGCAAGGCCUUAGCUAACAAGGGAUACUAUAAGCAAAAGGGUGUAGUUAGGAAGGUGAUUGAUAAGUAUGUUGGGGAAAUUGAAAUCCUCGAAAACAAGCAUGUCCUCAGAGUUGAUCAGGAAGAGCUCGAAACUGUAAUUCCCCAAAUUGGUGGUCUUGUGAGGAUAGUUAACGGGGCUUAUCGUGGAUCAAAUGCAAGGUUGUUAUCCAUUGAUACAGAUAAAUUCGCUGCCAAGGUGCAAAUUGAGAAAGGUAUAUACGACGGGAAGGUGCUCAAGGCUAUUGAAUACGAAGAUAUAUGCAAAUUGGUGCAAUGACACUAUGACAGCUGCAAUGGCAGCCCUGUAACUCAUUUCAGAAUUGACAGCCAUGUAAACUCCACUCUUGACACUAUCAUCCACAAAAUCCAACAGGAAAUUGAUACUUUGAGAGAGAUGCCAAAUAAGUCGAUGCCCCCCGGAUCGAAAUCUGCUGCUUUUCUUGCAGAUAUUCUGGGGCUAGUUGAGUUUGUGCAGACAUCUAUGUAUCAUGUAGAAGGAAGUGAAUUCGAAGCACAUCCUCUGAUUCAAUCAGAAGAACCUGGUGAGUACUUCUUGACAGAAGAGGUUAGGAAAUAUGUAAGAAUCAAGCCAAACAGGCUUGGGAAGCAAAACUUCAUGGGAGCCAAUGGCACAUUCACCAGCAUUGGCCAUGCUUGCUUUGCCAUGAAGACUGAUCUCGAAGAGUACAUGGACUACGACGUUGGGGAAAUCUGCAAUGACGAUUGGAAGUUAGCCCAGAAGCUGAUGGUCCAUGGAUGUGAUCCUCUACCAAGGAGGAGAUGCCUUGCCAGAGCCCCUCAGUUAUACAGCAUACAACCAACUGUUAUGUGCUACUGUAUGAUGCUGGCUGUCUGCAAAAAGUGAAGUACCUAGGAUUGUGAUGACCUAGAUGUCUCCAAAUUAAACUGCAUAGGCCAUAGCAGUUGGAGCUAGGUGGGAUCAAGCCUUGGAAUUAAAACACAGGGACGCAUAUAUUUCAAAUACACGUGAAGCCAACGCAUUUAGUCUCAAUACAUCUAAAUUUAAAAGGAUAUGUUGAAGGCAAUCCAGUGACCGACCUAAUAUGCAGACCACAAUAAUAGAGUCAUGUAUGCUCAUCGAUGACUUACAAAAGUUUAUCCAACUUGAUUGAACUGAAGAUUGCUCCAGCUGAUUUUCGAUUCCCUACAGCAAACCGGACUAGGCAUUGUUUCACACGAUAUGUUGAGUUUCACACGUAAAAUAGCUUCAUCAAUAUCAUUUGAACUACGGAUGCAUAUCCUACUUACAUAACAUGGAAUAUUAAACUAUGAACAUUUCAACCCUGUUUAGGUGAUAGAGAUUUUUUCAAAAUAGCAAUGAUCUGACAACUUGGUAAAUUAAAAACAAUUAGGUUUUCAAGACUAGGCUGUUUAAAUACUUCGCAUAUAUGGGUAUGACUACAAGACCUUGUGAUGUAAACUUGAGUAUAGUCUUUAAUCUGCAGCAAGCGGCUUGCUUACAAUUGUAUACUUCAUGUGUGUGGUAGCUAAAGGUAGGGAGGUUGGUGACUGAGAAAUUCGUUAGGUACUAUGAUCAACUAAGUGAGUAAAGAAAUGAUGUGUUUCCUGUUUAUAUAUUUAGAAAUCAAGAGACUAAUAGGAAUGUCAGAUUUUGGCUUGUUUUAAA